UCAGUUACCAGUGAGAUUUUGCUGUGUUCACAAGUUUGCAAAAACCAAAAACCCAACCGACAAAAUGUUCAAGCUCUUUGUCCUCGCCACCGUCCUGGCUCUGGCUGCCGCUGCCCCAGCUCCCGGUGUUGUCGUGUCCAGCCCAGUGGUGCACACCCCUGUGGUCGCCCACGCCGUCCACCCCGUGGCCGUGAGCCACUCCUCCAGCCACGUCGUGCACCACCCCGCCGUCCCAGUGGUGAAGACCGUGCACGCUCCUCUGGUUCACGCCCCAGUCGUCCACGCCGCCCACGUGCCCGUGGUUAAGACCGUCGUCCACCCAGCCCCAGUUGUCGCCCACCACGCCGUCGCUCACCACGCCGUCGUCUCCCCCGUCGUCCACCAUGCCCACCCCGUUCUCGUGCACCACUAAGUGACGCCGCAGACGGAGAAGCGCAUCUCAAACACCCCAUGCAACAGACACCCCCCGUGGAGAACUGUGCAAAGUCGCUAAAUUAAGUUACACAAAGAUCUUGAAUUUCUCUGAAUGGACAUACAAAACCUCUGAAAAUUCUUAGAAAAAAAUAAAUCCACCUCUAUCAACGUUA